GAGGAGGUUACUGGAGGGGGGGUCUCCAGCUGGCUCAUCUGAUCCCUGCAGUUCUGUAGGAGAGUGCAGAGUGUGUCAUGUUACAAAGAAGCGAAGAUCAGCUACAGCACAGCUCCCAGCCAGUUGAGAAUUACACCUUCCUAGUGGGAAACUUUUAUGUCUGACUUCUCAACAACUUUUACAGACCACUGACUAUCAAAAGGAAAGAGAAGCCACCAAAAGAAAAAAAUCAAACUCAUCAGCUUCUAACAGAACUUUCCUCAAACUUUUCUAUUACUUUUAAUUUGGGAUCUUUUUAACUAAUCAAAGUGGAGAAGACAUUUAUUUACUGUUGUCUGUGGACCUCAUUCCUAUAUCCUCCUUGGCAUACAGUGAUCAGCUGAUAUUGGAUCCACCUUGUCUUGAAUGCCAACCUGAACCCUGGAUCCUGCUCCUUCUCUUAAGAUUGUGGAUUAUUUAUUUGUAUUUAUUUAUUUAUUACUCUUCUGGAUAUGGAGGGGAAGGAGGGUUGGAGAGGUGCUGCUAGCAAUGUUGCCUUAGCAAGGAGUUCUAAUGACAAGCCCCCUAGGACAGGAGACUGUAGGAAGUGCAGCAGGUUCCCUGCACUCUUGGGAUGUGGGUUUGCUAUGGUAUCUGUAUUUUCUCUGGUUCUCAGCCUCCUAGUUCAUUUUAGGACCUCAGAUCUCCAGUCCAGAGUUUCUCAUUUAGAGAAGCAAAGAUACACUCAGCUAUCUGCCUUAGUCUCUACAGACCAAAUGGAGGCUGCUAUUUUGGGAAGAGUUGACCAACUGCUGGAAGAGAAAUUAAAAUCUCAUAUACCAAAGCUUCGAGAAGCAAGAGAUACAUCGAUAAAAUGCCUUUGUCCACCUGGGCCUCCUGGAGCAAGGGGCAAGAGAGGACAUAAUGGGGAGAAAGGUAUUGUAUGUUUCUCUCUUAAAGGUUACGGAAAUUAUGCUGAGCUACACAAUAAUGUUGUUGUUAUUUCUAGCCUGGCGUGCAAUCAUUUACAUAAAGAUCAGUUUCCAAAUACACUAAAAUUACAGCUAAGGCAAAAUUAUUUUAAUAAUUGA